AUGAAAGAGGAUAAUCUUUCUACGGGAUUGCCACGAGAGGAAGGUCCUAAUGCUCUCUCCGAUCCGUGCCAACAACAACAACAACAACAACAAUCAACAGGAGAUGAUGACCAAGAUAUUGGUUCUCAUGAAAAUUCCAAAUUGAAAUCAACUGCAUGUGGAAUUCAUUUUGGAGCCACUCGUUUUUGUUGUUGUGUCUAUAGACAUGAGGAUGAUGCAAAUGUUGUGGAAUUAAAACAUCAUGCAGCCAUUACGAACCAAAAAUAUGAAAUAAUUCCAAAUGAAUAUGGAGAGCUUACGAGUGGAUGUGUUCUUUCAUUUAUCGGAGAGGAUAUUGAUUUUCCUCAAAUUGGAAACAAUUUUAUCACAAAACCACUUGUCAACGAUUCGAUCAGUGAUAAUAAUUUGAAAUUCUAUCCUUUUGGUGUCAUUGAAGGGCCCAAUGACGAGCCAUAUAUCACUGUAAAGAGCCGUAUGGAUAUGUUUGCUCCUGAGUUAUUGACUUCAUUUAUUUUUAGAUAUAUCACACAAGUCAUGUUGGCCAUGUCACAUUAUGAUUGUAGCGAAUGUGGAGUUGUUUUAAGUGCUCCAUGUUAUUUUACUGAAACACAAAAGCAAGCUCUUCGAGAGUCAUGCGAGUUUAACAGUGUACCAGUUUUAGAUAUUAUACGAGGUAGCUCUCUAUUGGUAUGUGUGGAAUAUAUCCAUGAAAAUGGAGAGAUAGAACUGAAAGGUUUUGAUGGAGAUUGUUAUUUGGGAGGAGAUGAUUUUGAUAAUAAUAUUGUGAAGUAUGCUUGUGAAGAGUUUCUGAAAAAACAUAAUCAAUUCAAGAUUCCACCAAGAUCAUUGAGAAAUUUAAAGUAUGAAUGUGAGAAAGCAAAAAUCAAUUUAUCUAUCAACGAAAAUACCUCCAUCCAUGUCAAAUCGCUAAUUUCUGAACCAAAUAUUGACUUUUCUACUGAUAUUUCUAGACAAUUAUUUGAAGAUUUGAACACAAAUCUUUUUGAUACCUGCAUUGAAACAAUAGCACAGUUAUUGAGCGACCUAAAACUUGAGAAGUCCCAAAUCAGUAAGGUCGUUCUUGUGGGUGGUUCAUGUAACAUGCCCAAACUCAAGGAACUAUUGAGAAAUUAUUUUAAUCUUCCUUCAAAUGACAAUUCGAAUAGUACUUCUCACCAAUCAUAUUUGGUUCUUCUUGACAGUAUUCCACCUGAGCAUGUCAUUGCAGUUGGCGCAGCUAAAAAAGCAAACGAGCUCUACCACAUGAGAAAUCAAACCUCAAACGUUGCUGCAAUUCUCCCUACAUUCGUCGAUAUUAAUCCAAUAUCGAUUGGAAUCGAAGUAUAUGGAAAUUAUAUGACCAAUAUUUUGGAAAGAAAUUGCUACAUUCCUUGCACCAACUCCAUAAUUAUUACUCCUUGCUGUAAGGACCAACACAAAAUUACAUUGAAGUUCUUAGGUGGCGAACGAUUGUUAUCAAAGGACAAUAUCACCUUGUUGCAAGUUGAUUUACAGUGUCAUGAUGACUCAUACUCAUAUUCUGACCAAGAAAUUGACCAUUCCACACCAACCUUUAAAAUCGAAUGUGAAGUUAAUGCACACUAUCAAUUGUUGAUUCGAGUGCAUGAAUUGCGACCAAUUAUCCCAUUCAGCAUUGAUGAAGAGACAAAUUCACCAGCACUCCAGUGUUGUCAUUCCUCCACUCUCAAAUUUUCACACACUAUUGAUAACUAUUCCCAAAUUGUCAGCCAAGAAGAAAUCUUCUCCAUGAUCAAACAUGCCUCUCUCACUCAAUCUCAAGACAUUCUGGCACUUCGAAUGAUUCAUUCCAUGAUCGUUCCUUCUCUCAUGGAAAAUCCAAACAGCACGGCCGUGUGUCGUCUUUCAAACAUCAACACCUCAUCUACUACUACCACAGACACAACUACUACUAUUAGCAACAACAACAACAACAUUCGAUAA